AUGAAGCUGCUGGUCUUAUUGGCAAUGCUGACAGCAUGUGCUGAAAUAACCCAAGACCUGUCUGGGAAGAUGCUCAUUUUCCCUGUUGAAAACAACACAACUCAUGUGAAACUAGAAACAACAAAAAAUGAUUUCAACGCAGUAACUGUCUGUCAAAGAUCUUUCACAGACCUUCAAAGACCACAUCCCCUGUUCUCUUUAUCUAUGCCCACUUACACCAAUGGCUUUAUGGUUAUGUGGGAUGACUCUGAUAAGGAAAUGGAGAUCUAUCCCAGGAAUACAUUUGCAAGUUUUGGAAAACUUGACUACAAGCAAAACGCAUGGCACUUUGUCUGCACCACAAGGGAUUCUGCGUCCGGAUUAGUGCAGGUGUGGUUGGAUGGACGACCUUCAACUAAGAAAUUCACCAGCUCUGGAUCAACUAUAAAAGGAAAUCCUAUAAUUAUUUUAGGACAGGUAAAGUUUGACAUUAUUGGCAUGAUGUCUGAUGUCCACAUGUGGGACUACAUCCUCUCUCCCUGUGAGAUCCAGAAAUACGUGGAUGAAUGA